AUGGCCGUCUGCAUGCCUGUAUUUCUGUAUUUCUUGCCUUGGAGAUUACGAUACCGAGACAAGGAGGCACGCGAGCCACCCAGCAAGCAUAGACAGCUAACAAGAACUCGUCGUUUCCCAGGCCGCGGCGGCUUCCAGCAGCGCGACUUCGGCCCGCCCGCCCAGAUCCUCGAGCUCGGCUCCUUCAUGCACGCCUGCGAGGGCGAGAUGGUAUGCGAGUCGUCCAACCCCAAGGUGCCGCACUUCAACGCCCAGAUCUUCCUCGAGAACAAGACGGCCGUCGGCAAGGUCGACGAGGUCCUCGGCCCCAUCAACCAGGUCUACUUCACCAUCAAGCCCUCCGAGGGUAUCCAGGCCGGCAGCUUCAAGCCCGGCGACAAGUUCUUCAUCGGCUCCGAGAAGCUGCUGCCUAUGGAGAAGUUCCUGCCCAAGCCCAAACCCCCGCCGGGUGCCGCCCGCGUCAAGAAGCCCAGGGGCGGCGGCGGUGCGCGUGGGGGCCCCGGAGGCUUUUCGAGGGGCGGCCGUGGUGGAUUCGGUGCACGCGGAGGCGGCAGAGGCGGUGCCGGAGGUUUCUCAAGAGGAGGCGGCCGUGGCGGCGGUUCCUUUGGCGGCAGAGGUGGUGGCCGUGGAGGCGGCGGCGGCUUCGGCGGCGGCUUCAGCAGGGGAGGCUCUGGCGUCCGCGGUCGUGGCGGUGGUGGUUUCAGCAGGGGCGGCCGGUAA